AUGUCGGAUAACAACAAGCGCCAAGGCGACCUCGACGGCGAUCGGUCUGCCGCCAAAAAGCCCAAGCUCGACACCCUAGAUCAGAUCCAGCAGGCCCGAAAUGAGAUCCAGGCCAAGCUUGCGGCCAUCAAAAAAAUGGCUGGCCAGGGUGCAGCACAACCCGGCAGCGAGGCACCCUCUGCACCUCUCUUGGGGCAGACCGGCAGCGCAGCAGCAGCAUUGCCGACGCCGCUGUCAGCAUCAGCGCCAUUGUCUACACCGUCGACAUCGACAUCGACAUCGUCGCUGCCGGGGGGCAUGACGGAUGUAGCCAGGAAAAUCGAGGAGGCCAAAGCUCGACUCAAAGCGACCAUUGCGGCAUCGUCGCAGGCCAGCAUUCUGUCGCCGGCCCCGCCCGCCGACAAAAGCAAGAGCGGCCUGAACUUCCAGCUCCCCGACUUUAACGACCCAUCGGCGAUGCCCAAACCCAUCUUUGCGACCACCAAGGCCAACAUGCGCAUGAUGGAGAAGAAGGCCGAAAAGGCCGCCGCGGUGGCUGCAGAGAAAAAGGAGAUCAAGCUCUUGCCCCCACCGAGCAAGGAAGAAGUGUUUGAUGUAUCCUAUUUUGACGAGAAGCUGGCUGUGGCAUCGUCGCUGGCUCCGCGACCACGACCGUCUCGAUCGCUGCGGUUUGCGCAAAAGGGCAAGUUUAUCGAGCAGGCCAACCAGAUGCGGGCCCAGGCCCAGCUCGAACAGCUCAAGAAGCAGAUCGCCGAAACAGUUAAAAAGACAGGCAUGGACGAGAACCUGGAUCUUGUCUCUGACGCCGCGAUUCGAAAAGAGCCCCCGCCGGAAGUGGAAUGGUGGGAUGUCCAGCUUGUCCCUAAUGUCAGCUACGACGAGUUUGAUCCCAGCACGGACUUUAACGAUGAGGAGGAUCCGCCAAUUACCGAGCUUGUCCAGCAUCCGAUUCCCAUCCCGCCUCCUGCCGAGCCGGAUGCACCCGCACCGCGUCCUAUGAUGCUCACGGCCAAGGAAAGGAAAAAGCUGCGACGACAGCGUCGACUCGAAGCCCAGCGCGAGAAGCGCGAUAAGAUCCGACUCGGACUGCUGCCACCAGACCAACCCAAGGUCAAGAUAUCCAAUUUGAUGAGGGUCCUGGGCACCGAGGCCGUGCAAGACCCCACUAAAGUCGAGGCUUAUGUGCGAAAGCAAGUGGCCGAUCGCCAACUGGCCCACAAACAGCAUAACGAGGCCACAAAACUCUCGGAGGAGGCCCGGCGCGACAAGAAGGAGAAGAAGAUGGCCGAGGACACGAGCAAGUUUGUCCAUGUUGCGGUGUUCAAGGUCGUGGAUCUGGGCUGCAAACUACAUAUCACCAAGAUCGACAAGAAUGCCGAGCAAAACAAGCUGACGGGAGUAUGCAUCAUACAUCAAGGUCUGAACCUUGUCAUUGUCGAGGGCGGCCCCAAGGGAAUCAAGCGAUACAAGAAGCUGAUGCUGCGCCGCAUGGACUGGUCCGAAACCAGCCAAGACCGCGAGCGAGAAGACGACGACGACGCAGGCUCGGAUGCCGAGGGCGACGACAAGCAAAACGGCUGCCAGUUGGUGUGGGAGGGGCAGGUCAAGGACAGGGUGUUCAAGGGAUUCCGUAUCCGGCCCUUCCCGACCGACUUUAUGGUCCGGGAGUUUCUCGAACGGUUUGGAGUGGUGCACUACUGGGAGACAGCCAAGAACCUGGUCGAAGUAGGCGCUUAG